UAAGCGAUGGAUUGGAGCUGAGGCCAAAAUACAAUGGGAUUCUCCACUGUAUGACCACUGUCUGGAAGCAUGAAGGACUACGAGGCUUAUAUCAAGGGGUAACACCAAAUAUGUUGGGAGCUGGGGCUUCCUGGGGACUUUACUUUUUCUUUUACAACGCUAUCAAAGCUUACAAGAAGGAAGGGAAGCUGGAAAGUCUCAGUGCAACCGAACACCUAGUGUCAGCUGCAGAGGCAGGAGUCAUGACUCUCUGUAUUACAAACCCAGUAUGGGUAACGAAGACACGACUUGUGCUACAGUAUAAUGCUGGUGUUGAUCCAUCAAAGCGGCAAUACAAAGGAAUAUUUGAUGCUCUCAUAAAGAUAUACAAGGCAGAGGGCAUACGUGGCUUAUAUAAGGGAUUUGUGCCCGGUCUGUUUGGAACUUCACAUGGAGCACUUCAGUUCAUGGCAUAUGAGGAUUUGAAACUGAGAUACAACAAGUAUAGAAACAGAGUAUCAGAUACAAAACUGAACACUGUGGAAUACAUAGUCAUGGCAGCUGUAUCUAAAAUAUUCGCUGUGUCAGCAACAUAUCCCUAUCAAGUUGUGCGAGCUCGUCUUCAAGAUCAGCAUAAUACAUAUUCUGGUGUGUUUGAUGUGAUCCGCAGGACGUGGAGGAAAGAAGGAAUUCAUGGAUUUUACAAAGGAAUUAUCGCCAAUGUGAUCAGAGUGACUCCUGCCUGCUGUAUUACCUUUGUUGUUUAUGAAAAUGUGUCUGUUUUUUUACUUGGUUUUAGAAAAGAAAAUAAUUAAAGAUAUGAGCUUAUAUUCAUAAGGA